AUCACAACAAGGGUUUAUGUGGAGAAAUCAGAGGCUGGCCACACUGCAAAAAGGGGCACAGAAUCAAAAUGAUUAUUGUUAUUUCUUUGUCCACCAUCCUGUUUCUAUCAUUUGCAGUCUUUGGGUGUCUGUUUCUCUCAGCCCAGAAGAAGAGAAGAGAUAAAAAAAUUCUACCAACAGAAGCAGCAGCUCCAAGGCAUGGGGAUCUAUUCUCAAUAUGGGGCUUCGAUGGAAGGCUUGUUUAUGAAGAUAUAAUCAAGGCAACAAAGGAUUUUGAUAUUAAAUAUUGCAUAGGUGCUGGAGGUUCUAGCAGAGUCUACAAGGCACAACUGCCUGAUGGAAAUGUGGUUGCCUUGAAGAAACUUCACCAUCUGGAGAUUGAGGAGCCAGCUUAUAUAAAAAGCUUCAAAACUGAGGUACAAAUAUUAUCAGCGAUAAGGCAUCGCGAUAUUGUGAAACUUCAUGGCUUCUGUCAGCAUAAAAAAGCUAUGUUUCUAAUUUAUGACUACAAAGAAAGAGGGAACUUGUGCAACAUGCUGAGAAAUGAAGUUGGAGCUGUGGAAUUAGAUUGGAUUAAGAGAGUGAACGUUGUCAAAAGCAUCGCUCACGCCUUAUCCUAUAUGCAUCAUGAUUGUAACACACCAAUAAUUCAUCGCGACAUCUCCAGCAACAAUAUCCUUUUAGAUUCAGAGUUAAAGGCUUUUGUAUCUGAUUUUGGUACCGCUAAACUUAUAUAUCCAAAUUCAUCGAAUCAAACCCUUCUUGCAGGCACAUACGGCUAUAUUGCACCAGAGCUUGCCUACACGUUGGUCGUGACAGAAAAAUGUGAUGUUUAUAGUUUUGGGGUGGUGGCACUUGAGACAAUGAUGGGAAAGCAUCCAAAAGAGCUUAUCACCUUACCACCCUCAUCAGCACAAAGUAUAAUGCUUGGGGAUAUAUUAGACGCACGCCUCUCACCUCCUGCAGAUCUGCGAGUUCUUAAAGAUGUAAUUCCUGUAGUAAGGAUGGCGCUCAAAUGCAUAGAUUCCAAUCUUCAAUCCCGCCCAACAAUGCAGCAUGUGUCCGGAGCGCUUCUUGCUCAUUCACCAUUCCCCAAGGUGCCCUUUCAUGAGAUUUCCCUCUGGCAUCUAAUGAAUCAAGAUGUAUAAUUCUGCUUCUAAAUUUGGAUCUGAAAUUGAACCUUUGUUAUUGAGUUCCAUUCAUCAACAGCUCAAUCCUUUGUUUAUGGACAGAUUAAUAAUGUAACUGAAGUUAUGACAACAUUUGAACUUGUCAUUGUCCUUUCUCCA